CAGAAGAAGUUGAGACCGUCUUCACUAAUAAAUCCUACAGACCGAGGCUAGCACUAGUGGUAGAAAUAUUACAAUGAUAAUGGAUGCAUGUGGACACCAGUGUCAGCAUGUCAAGCUUGUCUGUAGUACUUGACAGUUUCGUCUCAAAUAAUUUUUCUCCAGCUGAUUCAUUGAUAGGAAUGAAUCCAGUCUCAGUCUACCAACAGUGAAACGCGGCCCGGCACUGGUUCUCCUUUGUCCAGACAAUGAACACAUUGUCUUGUAUAUCUUUUUCACUGGCCAGAUCCGGCUGUGGAUUCUACCUGAUCAUGCUCUGGUCUUGCACUUAAUUUGACAUCGUUAUGUUGCACCAGUUCUCGUCAGCUGCGCCUCCCUCGAUUCAGCUUGUACAUGUAGAUACUAUCGAGGGGCCUAGGCGCGCUACGAUCGCGGCCACCCCUAAUUACAGAUGAUACCUCAGCGCCAGUUACCGUAACCACCACAAUGUACUCGAAAGUAUAAGAAAGCAAGAACUGUGACAGGGUACCUAAAAAGCUUCAGAAAGGGAACAUAUGUUGAUAAUUUCUAUCCUAAGCAUUAACACAUGAUCCUGGGAGAAUAAUUUUGUUGACAGCUCUGCAGGACGGCGUUUCGCGGGGGAUGAGGAGACGAGGUGAAUCCGAACCACCCCGAUCGUAUUUCAAGGCAGGACCAGGUGAAUAUCGCUGCCUAUUUAAGCCAGGGAUGAUGUGCAAGUCGGAAGAGGACGAAACGGGUUAUUACGCGCGACGGUAGGUUGCAAGAAUGGCCCCCAAUGAAAGAUGGACGCGGUUCCUGGCAUGAGAUGUAAUCCCUCAAGCGACCGAAGUCGGAAACAUCACGCUAUGUAUAGACGAAGACCUGCAUGCUGUGGCGCGGCACUUGAUCCAAAACGAGCAGAAAGAGUUGGCGUGGAGCAAGACAUUCAAGGCUUAUAGUGUAUAAUGCAUACCGGUGACGGCGAAAAGGGGAACAUGGGCGGCAACCGAGGCUCAUGGUAGGGUCACGGCGUCUUGACCGUCAGCUACCACCGUCGGAUUUUGGUAGCAAGUGCUACUGGGUCCGGGAAGACAAUAUCAGACGCACAAAGCGACGGGCAAGGGCUGAUCAAGGGGAUGUGUCAGAGGCAGCUUUAGUGAUUCCAGUCGCAAAGAAGAAGAAGACGCGGCCAAGGUUUCUUCAUUUCUUGCUCUGGUCGUCGUCGCUACCGAGUGCUCACCCACCUCUUAUCCAUUAACCUCUCCUGGAAGUCACCUCGCAGUGGAUAGACGCCAGAAACUAUGGCUUAAAGUUUGUGUGUUGUAUUUUGUUGUGUUUCCUGUUCCAUCUCUGAUCUCCAUAGGAGCCCCUAGUUUCUAACUCUAGGCUUACAGAUUACCUUCUGUUCCAGGUGUUUUAGGAGUUUUUUCUUCUUUUUGUUGGGAGUUCUUCCAUGUCUUGAGUUGUUGAUGUUUAGCACCGUAGGCUGUCUCUGAGUGCCUAAUCGUUCAUUGAAGUGAAGAGGUUUUCUUUAAGAGCACGUCAAUGUGCCCGCAGACUACACUCUCUGCUCGGGAGGCUGGUAGAGAAUGCCUGCGACAUGGAUCAGAGUCGGGCCUUGCAGAUUGUGAAAGAGAGUUUCAAGAGCGAGCGAGGAGUCAUGCAAACGACCUCGAGAGGAGUCCCUCGAUUCUGCCUAAGACGCCUACCUCACCGGAGAUCCUUGAUCACGAAAUCAACGUUUCCAGUCAGCUGUUGAGUUCGAGGCCAUCUCGACCUAAAGACAACAUGCACCGAUAUAACAGCCAAAAUAAUAUGACAUAUGAUGAUUCGCGGUACUUCAAUGGGACCCAGGAAUCGACAUUUGAGGUUGAAAGUGAAGCACCUGAGGCCGCCGGGCGCAAUAUGAUGCUGAAUUUUGGUGGAACAAUGGAUAGACUAGAUCCAUCAGCGAGCUUCCCUGGGUUAGGUGAGUUACCGUCAAAUGGAAUGGAACCAGCCGUGGAGCAAAACCUGACGGGUACUUUCACGGGAGACUUGAACUCUACUGCAUACGAAGUUGGGGAUGAUCAUAAUCAUCUGCUUCAGGAAAUGCUCCAACAGCAUUCGCAAACCCAGCAGGCUCAACUAUCGGAUGCUAAUUCCCAGGUUCCAGCUACAGCAAGUCAUGGGGCUUGGGAAGACAGUCUUAACGUUUUACAAGAAAUGGUCCACCUUCAGCAGCAACAACAAGUACAGCAGAUAUAUAACCAGGCUCAAACUGAAGCGCAUGAGUUCAAUCAAAGUUACAGUGCCGAUCGCUUUCGAAACGCACCAUAUGGCAGCGGUGCAAAAUUUCCCGGCGAAUCUGAUUUACUAAAUCUCUUCCAGUUUCCCAGAAGUACCUCGACAUCUCUCAUACCAAGCUUUGGCUAUACAACAGGCAUCAGAGGGAAAGGUCCCUGGUAUUCGACUUCCACAAUCUCAGGUCCAGUCAAUACUGAUAACAGAAGCAUCGGCGUUGAUCCUCUUCUUGCUCAUCACUCACAAAAUUCCUCACAAGGCUUUUUCCACAACUUAUCGCGAGGAAAUACUCCAGAGGCCUCGAGGCAUGGUGGACCAGCUACACUAGUGGAUCUGGACCAAGAGAGAGAAGUCUUGAGCGGCAAAAAUAUAGUGUAUGGAUCCAAGCGGGAGCUCGGAGCUGCAUCGGCCAAAGGAGAGCCGCGGGGAGUCAACCAUUUUGCAACCGAACGACAGAGGCGAGAAUACCUUAAUGAGAAAUAUCAAACUCUACGCUCGUUGGUGCCUAAUCCAACGAAGGCGGACAGGGCAUCGAUAGUAGCAGAUGCUAUUGAGUACGUGAAAGAACUCAAAAGGACAGUUCAAGAAUUGCAGCUGCUGGUGCAAGAGAAGAGACGAGCAGCGGGUGAUUCCAGUGGCGCAAAGCGACGGCGAUCCUUGGACGCCACAGACACUUAUCCAGGGGCCUGCACGCCUGAAAAUGCUUCUAACGGGCAUCUUGUGAUGCAAAAAGGCAAUGACACCUUUUCUGCGGAUGGCUCACAACUGAGAUCUUCCUGGCUUCAAAGAACUUCACAAAACGGAACACAUGUGGAUGUGCGCAUAGUCCACGACGAGGUGACAAUAAAAGUAAACCAGAGGAGAGGAAAAACCUGCCUAGUAUUUGAUGUCAUCUCCGUGCUACAAGAGCUCCAAUUGGAUCUUCUUCAAGCCAGUGGCGCUACCAUUGGCGAACACGAUGUUUUCCUCUUCAAUACGAAGAUCCUGGAGGGAUCCUCUACAUUUGCAGGGUAUAUUGCGGUAAAGCUGCUGGAUGCUCUUGAUCGCCACUUCGUCAUCAAUCAAUAGAUACCACCUGCUCCGUAAUUGGAGACUCUAAAGGGGUAGACGAGUUCCACUAGUACAAAAUUAUACAUUCACUUUGUAUGGGUACGAAAAGCGUUAGAGAGCCUAAGAAAAGUGCACCCUUACAGUACAGGUAUCUGGCCACAAUAUUAUAGAGCCGGUCAACCUGUUUCGUGAUGCAAUUUAUCAGAGUUGUACAAUUAGUCAAAUUGAGCGGACAGAAGUUAGUUAAAGCUUUACAGAGUCAUAAACGUUGUACAGUUUUUAAUUCCGGGUACCACCCGUAGAGAAAUGACAAAAUCUAAAUUCUAGUUAGGCAUACUCCAUCGAGACGUUCAGCCUUAGUUAUGACUGGCAGAAUACACCUAGCAUGAUCUGCUAAUUAAGAUAUCCUUAACUUUUUACAGGCAUCACAGAUGAUGAUCCUAAACGUAAACACGAUGAAGUGCUAUGAUCUUGGCACUUACUCGAUUUCUCAA